GUUGUACGGUAGUGACACAUGGGCAGUGAAGCAGGCAGAUCUUGACCGUUUAGAAAGGAAUGAUAAGAGAAUGCUUAGGUGAAUGUGUAACACCAGUCUGAGAGACAGAAAGAGUUCAGAUGAGCUAAGAAGCAGGCUAAGUAACCGUAGAAUUAAAGAUGUUAUCCAGAUAAGAAGAUUGAAUUGGCUGGGGCACUUAGAAAGAAUGGAGGAGGAUAAUUGGGUAAGGAAGUGUAGAGACUUGAUAGUUCUUGGGGCAAAGCCCAGAGGCAGACCGAGAAAGACUUGGCAGGAGGUUAUAAGGACAGACUUGAUACAGAGGAAGUUGGGUUUAGAUCUAACACAGUCUAAAUCAGAUUGGAAGAGGGUCAUUAAUAUACCCCGUCCAACCCAUGCUAGCAUGGAAAACGGACAUUAACCCUAUUCGGUCCGGAGUUUUUCCAACAUACUAUGACCGGGGGGCGGAUUCCGCCCCCCUCAAUAACUUUUCAUAGGAUUGUUGAAAUUGAAUCAAACUUGGCACACUUAUAGUACAUCAUAAAAGGAACAAAAUGGCGGCAAUAAAUUUUUGCUUGCGUCAGCACAUUUUCUGUGACGUCAUCAGAAGCUUGAAAAUUGUUAAAAAUACUACUAUCUGCUUAAAAUAUAAUUACUUUUGUUCUAGAGCGAAUUUUUACAUUCUGUUUGAAGUUUCUGUAAGCUAAAUAAAAUUUUUUUAACAUCUUCCGGUUUUUACAUGGAUUGAAUAAAAAAUUGUCAAAAAUUGCCCGAAAAUCCGUUUUUUCCCGAUUUUCGGGUAAAAUCCGACAAAAUUGGGAAAUCGGAUUAGUCAUGUGUCAAAAUUAUUCAAAAUGAUUCUUCUUGAUGAAGCAAAGUUGUGUUGCAAGUUUCAAGUUCUAAGGAUAAUCCUAACAGGAGUUAUUAUAUUUUCCCCAUUGUAAGGAUUUCAUAGAGAUUUUAGGGGUAGUUUCGAGUAAUAGCCAAUAUCAAAGCCUCUGAAAGGUAUGGGACCUAAACAUUUAGCAUGCAGGUCCCUAAUAGAUAAAUGUUGAAACUCAGUAAGUAUCAUAGCCAUAUAAGAAAGCAAUCAGUUAUUAAAAAAAACCGGAAAAUUAAAUGUCUGCCAUGAAAUUUGAUGAAAUUAAUUUUUAAGGAAUCUUUAAGACAAGAGCCAAUAAAGCGUGAUGGAAGACUUAACGAUUACAUUACUGUAUUUUUUGCGAUAUAACCUGCGGGUUAUAAGUUGAUUUUGAUCAUUUUGACUAACAAGGUGAAUCAAUAACGUUACGUUAGUAAGGCCACUUAAAAUUGAUUCUUUAUUCAUGGUAAAAAAAAUUUGCACUUAAAUUUAGAUUUUCCUAUAAAAAUGCGCAAUAACAUUAAGAGAACAUUAAAAUUGUUAAAAUUGUCUCACCUAGGUGCGGGUGAUAAUAUGGUGUGGGUUAUAUAAUAAGUUUUAUUAUUUUUUUGUCAUUUAUUGUGAAAUUCAAAGUAUAUGCACUUACUAAUGGCAGGAAACAGCCAUCGUGAAUGCCUUUGUAUUUGCACUGACGACGACAAAAAAAAUGCUGUUGUGACUUUUUUUCUAUGUUUUUCCAAUAAAUAAGUAAACAACAAAAAUUAUUACCUGAUUAUUGUCUUUUUUGACGCAGCAAUGUUAGUGGUUGUGUUCGUUUAAAUUAUCUCACGUUUGCAUGCAGCUAGGUUAGGGUUAUUUAGGCAACACUAUUUGAUUCUGACAAGCUGUUUUCGUGACACAAAAUCGUUGUUAAAAAUGUUUUUUUAUUAUGCUCAGUCCCACUAUAUAUAAUUGUAUAAGAAUGCCAUCAUUUUCCUUUUGUUGUCUAGUCUUAGUGCUAAACAAUUAACAAAUAUUAACUGAGUUAAGAGGUCAUCCCUCACUCUGCCUUACUUCUCAUCAUCCUUUAAUGCUUUUAAAAUCAGUGUACCAAAUUGUUUCCGUCUUUCUUUCAAAUGUUCAUUAGCAAAGUAUUUACGUUUUUCAAGUUUUUUGAAGUAUUACAGCAUACUUUGAGACUGAUAGUGUGGUCUUGCGCUAUUAUUUUGUGUUACAUUUUUUGUUGUUGCAAGAAUGUUGCUUUAUAUUGGUCGGUUGGAAACAGUGUCUCAAAUAAAAAUUAAAUCUUUAUUCUUAGGCACUCCAUUGUACAAUCCCUAAGGCCUUUUAACAAAACUAACACCUCAGGCUAAACAUAAAGUAUUAUAGUACUUUUAACCAGUAAAAACACUUUAGUCUUAUUAAAUUUCUAGACACAUUAUUUUAAAAUGUUCUCUGGUGACAAACAGAUAGUGGCUUUGAUAUGUCUAGAUUCAAGUAACAACAGCAAUGCUGCUUUGCAAUGGUAUCUGAAGAAGAUACAUAAACCUAAUAAUAUCAUUGGGAUUGUGCAUGUGUAUAUUCCUCCGUCAACACCAAGUUGUUAUUCUGGUGGGCUCUUGCCUUCUGUACAAGACAUUUUGCAGGAGAAUGAUGCUCUUGUUGGAUACUAUAGAGAUGUUUUAGCAUCACAUGGAAUUGUGGAUGCUAAGUUCUUUAUCGAACCAAUAAAUGAUUCUGUUGGUAAUACGAUCUGCAAAAUUGGUAAAGAUAAUAAUGCAUCAUUCAUACUUACUGGACAGCGUGGCGUCAGUACACUUCAACGCAAAGUAUUUGGUAGUGUGACAGAUUACAUAUUACACCAUGCCGAUCGGCCAGUACUUGUUGUACCACCACAAACAACAUAUAUAAAUUAAAUUUUUUACACCAACUUUGCCAGACUUUGUAUAUUUAGUAAAUUGAUAUGGGUUGUAUAUAACUAAUUUAAAUGAUAAAAUUUAAAAAAGAAAUACAAAAUAUAGUUGUGUAUGUGUAUGUAAGUUUGUAGUGGAUAUAUUUUUUUCUCUCGAUGCAUAUACAUAUAUAUAUACUUUUAACAGCAUAAGAAAAUAUUCAGAUUAGGGAACAAUACUUAGAAGUCUUUGAGGUUAUAUUUUAUCUGCACUUUCCUAAUACAUUUUUUAUGUAUUACGUAUUGUAUGUAUUUUAUGUAUUAUUUAUUAUGUAAAUGUUUUCUUUUUAAACUUUUAAAAUAUUGUAAUUUUAAUAGCAUUUUAUUUAAUCAAAAAGCACUAAGUAUGGGUGAGUUUCUUUUAGUAUACA